UUGCGUCACUGUCCGCCAUUUUAGCAAACGGGUCAGGGUGUUUGUGUUUGCCGUUGUCUUUUUUUUUAAACACUCACACUGAUCCACACAGGUUUCUGUACCGGAUCUUAGUUCAAAAUGCAGGCAGAACUAGAGCAGACCGACUUCAGCACAGAUGAGUGUCCAGAGGGAUCCAAAAUAAACGCAAGCAAAAAUCAGCAGGAUGAUGGGAAAAUGUUCAUCGGUGGGCUGAGCUGGGACACCAGCAAGCAAGACCUUAAAGACUACCUGUCUAAAUUCGGAGAGGUCUUGGAUUGCACCAUCAAAACAGACCCGAUGACCGGCAGAUCCAGAGGUUUUGGGUUUGUGCUGUUCAAAGAUGCCGACAGUGUUGACAGAGUUCUGGAGCUGAAGGAGCACAAACUCGAUGGUAAACUGAUUGAUCCAAAGCGAGCCAAAGCUAUGAAGGGAAAGGAGCCUCCCAAAAAAGUCUUUGUUGGAGGUCUUCGUCCAGAAACAUCAGAGGAGCAAAUUCGGGAAUAUUUUGGAUCCUUUGGGGAUAUUGAAAAUAUCGAACUUCCCGUGGACAGCAACACAAAUGAGAGGCGAGGGUUCUGUUUUGUAACAUAUGUGGAUGAAGAACCUGUUAAGAAGCUUUUGGAGAAUAGAUACCACAAUGUGGGAGCAGGAAAGUGUGAAAUAAAAGUUGCCCAGCCUAAAGAGGUCUACAGACAGCAACAGAACAGAAGUGACCGGGGGGGAAGAGGAGGAUUCAGAGGUCGUGGAAGAGGAGGACCAAGUCAGGGAUACAACCAGGGCUAUGGCGGCUACUACGGACAGAACUAUGGAAGCUAUGGCAAUGGCUACAGCCAGGGCUAUAAUGAUUACCCUGGCUAUGACUAUUCAGGCUACAACUAUCAAAAUUACGGAUAUGGACAAGGCUAUGAUGAUUACAAUGGUCAACAGAGCAACUACGGGAAGGUCCCACGGGAAGGUGGAAAUCAUCAGAACAACUACCAGCCAUAUUGAUGGAAUGACUUGACCUACCAGAAUUUAUGCGGGGACUUCAUUGCAGGCCGUGUGUCACCUGACCACGAAAUUCUCUGGGCGUCGCACAUAGCGGGCAGAGAGCACGGCAUGCACGAGAAAACGCUGUCCUGUGGUAUGGUCUCUUCAAAUUUCCUGUACCAGCGUUAAAGAGCAAACGUUAAGCAGGAGAUCUCUCGUUUUCCCUUAAGUUUUCAAGGUUUUGUUUAACAGUGUAAAAUGAAUUUUUUACAGGUAUUUAACAGUGAACACUAAAGUGAUUGUUAACCCUGCUGUUUGUAUUCUCUUUUUUAAUUUAGUGUUCUUGUAUUUCAGUUCUGGAGCUUCAGUGUAAUUUUUUUGUUUGUUUUUGCAAAUUUUUUUGGUUUGGUUAUGUUUUGUCUAAAAUGGUUCCCACCCCAUAAAUUGCAUAAAACUCAUAAUGCUUGCUUUUUUUUUUUAGAGUCCAUAGAGAACUUCAAAUGGUACACGUCAGACCUUUUCCUUAAGACCUAGAUGAUAAAGAUCAUAUGUAAAUCUCUUACUGAACCCAUAAAAAGUUUACAGGCCAUCAAGGUGUCAUUUGCUGUUACCUUAAAUUUAAAAUUACCUUAAAUUUGAAAAGACACACAUGGUAUACUUCUUUUUGGUGAGAUUGACCACCAGCUCAGUGGAGCUCAAGUUUCACUGGCUAUAGACAUGUUUUUAGUAACAUUAAGUACAUAUGAUCUUUAGUCUUUAAUGGUGAUUUUAAUAGCUUAAAGUCAACAGCUCACGAAGUUAAACUGAAACAUGGAGGUGGUCUUUUUCAGUGAGAUUCUAGCCUUGUCAAAAUAGCUAAUUUCUCAUCUCGUCUCUCUUUUUAGGUGGGCCGACUGAGCGUUCGUACCCUGGAGGCAGCUCAAGGAUACCCUGUUCUUCUUAAUCAAAGAGCAUCUUGAUUUUAAAAUACUUUUGUUUCACUGUCCUCUGGUGAAGACAUUCACAGCAGGACCUUGUAAAUAUUGUUUCCAAGUUUCUUAUCCUGUGCUUUGUUAAAGUAGUUCCUGAAAGUUUUGUGCUGAUGUGUACUUAGAUUCUGAUUUGGAAAGUGUCCUUUUUGUCUUAAUUUUUUCAGUUUUGGAUAAAUGGAAAUUAAAAUUGGGGUACAAAAACA